CUUUAGUUUUUCAUUUUUCCAUUAAGUUUUUCUUUUAAUGUCAGAAUGUGAAGGUAUCUGCCAAAGCUAUAAAAGAACCACAGAGGCCUCUGCAGAAAGCUUGAGCAAACUUUCUCUUCACAUAAACCCAACCAAACACCCACCCAGACAAGGAUAAGAGUCUGAGAUAUAAAUAAACCAAAGCCAACCAAGUUAAAACUCAAACCCCACUUUUCUCCUUUCUCUAUGGACUUUCAUCUCAAGCAAUGGAGAAACCAGCAGCAGCAUGAGUCAGAGGAACAACAGCCCUAUCCUUCUGCUGCAAAGAUACCAAAACUUGAGACCCAAACACACCCUGAACCAGUUUCUGGGUAUGCUCUCCCUUUGUUUGUACCUGAACCAAACACCAAAGUCAUCAGCACCCUGUCAGCAUUUUCUGAAUCUACUACCACCACCACCGCCCCAGCUUCUUCUGCCACCAGAUUUCCCAGAAUGGGGAGCUUCUUCAGCAUGAGUCAGUGGCAAGAGCUUGAGCUACAGGCUUUGAUAUUCAGGUACAUGCUGGCUGGUGCUGCUGUUCCUCCUGAACUUCUUCAGCCAAUCAAGAGAAGCCUUCUGCAUUCUCAAUUCUUCUUCCAACACCAUCUUCAACAUUACCCUGCUUUGUUGCAAUCCGGGUAUUGGGGAAGAGGGUCCAUGGAUCCGGAGCCGACCAGGUGCCGGAGGACAGAUGGCAAGAAAUGGCGGUGCUCUAAAGACGUGGUGGCCGGUCAGAAGUACUGCGAGCGCCACGUGCACCGUGGACGAAACCGUUCAAGAAAGCCUGUGGAAGUCACCACCGCCACCACAAACGCCGCCGGAGGCAGCGGAGCUGCUACCGACAACUCGGUCGUGACUGUUGCCUCGUCGUUGGGAAAAGGGUCGAAUGGUACCCACUUUGCUCUUUCUGGGUCAUCACCAUCCAUUGAUCUGCUCCAGCUCAGUCAGAAUCAAAGGGAAGUUUCGAGAGGUGUUCAAUCUGACAGUCAUGUCUUGCGGCCGUUUUUUGAUGACUGGCCGGGACAGCUCCAAGAACCGGACAAUGGGAGAAGCAAUGCUACGUCAAAUAACAAUGCCACAUCCCUGUCCAUUUCGCUGAAGUUGUCUACCGGCAAUGGAGUAGAGCCAGGCCAAGAGAGCGAGCAGCCACAGUUGAAUUGGCCCAUGGGAUGGGGAUCAAACCAUAUGGUUUCGAUGGGAGGGCCUCUUGCAGAGGCGCUGCGGUCAUCCAACUCCAACUCCUCACCCACCAGUGUUCUUCAUCAGUUGCCUCGCGGCUCUGUCUCUGAAACCAGCUUCAUCAGCACCUGAAAAUCAUAGCACAGUUCCAACUUCCUUUUCU